UUCUCCGUAACACGGAGCGUGCUUCUGCGAGAACUUUACUUACGGUAGAGGUUAUAUUUAAAGUACGAUGGCAGAGGCGACAUUAACAGAGGAAGAGCUAACGCAGAAGCACAAGAAGGAACGCAAGGAAUUGCAAGCGCAAAUACAGACCUUGAAGAAAUCCAUUUGUAAAGGUGACAAAAAGAAAAAGAAGGAAAUUACGGAAGAGAUAGGACGUCUAGAGGAGCGCUUGGAGAAACAUCAAACGGAGGAGUUGAAUACGUGGAGACUAGCUCACGUUACACUGAACGACAAAGAGACGGAGAAGCCCGAAGAAGCAAGCAAAGAAAUUAGUAAAGACAAUUGUUCGGAGCAAUUGGCACAUAGGGUUUCCAAAGCGCAAAAAAGACGAGAGAAGAAAGCAAUCGCGGAGAAGGAACGCAAUCAGAGGAUCAUUGAGCAGGAAGCUCUUAAUGCCUUUGGCAAAAGAAAUAUUGAGAUAGAAGCUAUAAAGAAGAUACUUUCUGAGCGCGAGUUAAUGAUUUAUGAAAUUCCUAGCGACGGUCAUUGUUUAUAUAAUGCUGUGGCACAUCAACUUAAGAUAAAUGGAGAGACGCCUCUUAGCCUGCAUGAUCUCAGAAUAAAGACUGCUGACUAUUUGAGAGAAAACAUGAACGAUUUUUUGCCAUUUCUUUCCAAUCCUGAUUCUGAUGAACUGUUAACACCUGAAGAGUAUGAAAAGUACUGCAACAAUGUAGCAGAAACAAGUGCUUGGGGUGGUGCUGUUGAGCUACAGGUAAUAUCACGUAUAUUGAAAUGUCCAAUCGAGGUCAUACAAGCUACAGGGGCUCCCUAUAUUAUUGGAGAUGAGUACAGUAAUGGCAAGAAGGUAAUAUUGACUUAUCAUCGUCAUAUGUAUGAAUUAGGUGCUCAUUACAAUUCUGUUACGAAAUACGUUCAGGAUGAGGAGAGCUGAUAAAGGUUUGCUUUAGAUUCUUUAUUUUUGUUUUGUUACAACAGUCUUAAAAUUUUAUUAUUAAUUGCUGAAUUAAUCUUAAUGAAUUAAACAUGUUUCAAUUUACGAACAUGUU